AUGGGCAGUAAUCAUUUUAGGUAUGUCUACGUGUCACGAGGUGAUAGUCGCGUGUCAAUGCCAAAUACGGGUUCUCGGCAUUUCAGUUAUUACAAAUAUGUUCGUUGCUUUCAUUCUGAACAGCUUACAGAAAUUAUACAAAAUGGAUGUCGUAAUCCCAGUCAUGCAUUGCUUCCUUCAAACACGGAUCUGGAUAUUUCUGUUGAGGUGAAGCAUGAAGAAGUGUUGGAGGUAACUCGUGAAGCUGGCCAACGAGCGUGCAAUUUUGUUUCGGAAAUUAUUGCAGAAGAACAAUGUGCUGCCGUGUGCAAGCUUGAACAGAAUCCAGCUGAUGCUAUGUGCUUAGUGCAAGAUUCGAAGAAUGCACUAGCGGCUAUAGACAAGAAAUAA